AUGCCGUAUGAUACUAACGAUCGUCGAUAAAAUUCAAUAUCGAUGUUAUGUCCAUCUCGUUUCCUGGCAACAAACGAACAACACAGAUCCCGCUUCAACAUGCUAUAGGCCAACCAAUUUUCCGUAUAUAUCGUUUCCUUGCUCGAGGAAACGUUUUUUGGAAGAAACGCCAUUUGGAGGGUGAUCGCGCGAUUUUUUUGAGCAAUUGGACAACACCGCCGAUCAACCUCACAGGCCCCCUCUUUGAUCGUGAACGUUUAUUAGUUUAACCGAAGAAAAUGAUUUUGAGAUAAAAAAUGAUAUUUUGAUACCUGAUACCUGUUGGUUGAACGAAACGAUCAUGGCGGGGAAAGGUUUCUGCGUAAAAAUAAAACUUGAAUUACACGCCAUAACGUGUCCGGGUGUAUGGUUGUGUCCUAAUGGGAAAAUAGCGCUGCGAAUAACCAGUCUUGGUUCCAUCCUAGAAUCUCACAGAGUAUCACCGAUUUUUCCACUAUUAUUUCACAACGAGUUUAACUUUAAGAAAACUUUCACACGGCUGGCUGCUUUGACAGAGUUGCAACGGAUUCUGGAGAAACAGCCUUUCUAUGCGGAAUUGAUACAAUGGCUUAACCCGUGUAACCAACCCAUCAUCUUGGCCACCUUUCAUACUAGUUUAGCUGAUCUUCUCUAUCCCGUAGCUCAUUGCAAACAUUUACUACCUGGAGUCGACAUUGAUCUACUUAUGGAUCCCACCAAAUAUUUUCCUGGUAUUAUAGCACCUAAAAUCGAGAUUUCGACAAAAACAGUCAUAGAAGAAGUAAAAACGAUUUACCAUGCAAAUAUUGAUCAAUCUUGUGUAUUCAAUCCAAAAACAAUCGAUUCUAAGCAAAAAUCUUACACCCAUAAAAAACGAGCUGUCAAAGGUAUUAUCAGGCAAAGAAAAGUUUGUCAUAGUCGAGCAAAAUCGAAAAAUCAAGUUUGUUACCCUGCACGGUACCGAUGCAAAUCAUGCAACGAUAUAAUGUGCCCAUAUCAGAUUGAACCAUAUCGAACUAGUCAAUGUUACCAUCCAUUGAAACAGAAAUUAAAAAGCCAAAAGAAUCUUGCCAUCCAUGUUGACGCAAAUGAUGCAUUGCCAUCACAUGAAAUACCUUUUAUUUGUGGCAACCUGCAUAUCUUUGAUAGCUGCCCUGUCUGUUUGAAGUAUAAAUGUUAUUUUUCCAGUGAAUGUGACGGUACUUCUCCCGAUAAGUCGAUUCCAAUAAAUUUGUGUAAUUACCAGCAUUAUGGAUGUCAUUGUUUACCGAAUGGUCAGUUGUCGCAAGAACCUAUUUCUACAGUACCAGGCCUGACAUUUUCGGCAAAGGAUUCCAAAUCAAAUGUAUAGGUUCCAUUGCUCAUUAAUCAUUUUUUAUAAUAAAAUGAAAUCAUCAAGAAAGAAAAAAUACACAAAAAUAACAUUUUAUUGUAUGCAAUAACAUUUUAUUCGGAUUUUAAAAUUUGAAAAAUCUUAUAUUAUAAGAAUUAUAUACUUUUCUUUCAAUUAUUCGGUAGACGAAAGAUAAAUGCGAUUUUAAAUCGAUUAAAUAUAAAGUAAUAUUAAUAAUUUGAUUAAUACCAAGAUAAAGUUCGAAACUUAAUUUAUUAUUUAAUGUAUACUUUUCGUCCUAAUGAAUGCAAUGGAGUACCUUGAAUUCUCGAACCGCGAAGACACACUGAUUUGCUUAGCAAUGCUGGACACCUGAAAUAUAUUCCACGACCUUCUGGUGUCCAUGCUCUUAAUGAGACAUUGUUGUUUUCAAAUGGUGUAAUUGCGAUCCAACCUGUCGAUUGAUUAAAUCAAAUUAUAUUAAAAUCA